CUAAUAUUCACUCAAUCAUAUGGACGACUUUGACCGGCUUGAAUCCAGCACCUCGGUUCGAGUACGAUUGAUGGUUCAAUUCCAUAUCGGGCACGGAGCUGCAAGUAUGACAGAUGCAUGGAUCCUGGACCUAUGAGAACGCGUAAAUUCUUCAUUGACAACGUGACCGCUCAGUCAUGUCAAGUCUACACCGAAUACCAGACAUGUACCUCGUCAAGAGUCAUGUACACAAUCAGAUAUGCGGCGGCUGUCUCUUGCACGAAAGCUCCUUCCACACAGGGACACGGAGCAUAUCUGCCGUGUCCUCAAACUAUACUCCUCCAUCUAGGGUAAGCAUCCAGGCGAAGACUACAAUCCGCCAGACCAUCCGAAGUGGUCUCGCAGCCUUGAAAUUAACAUCCCUUGCCCCUGACAGUCAGUAUGUGUUGAGUGAAGUCCUAGCAGGGACACUGCAGUCCUUGGGCUAUUCACUGUGCUCAAAUCAGAAUUCUACGGUGAUGGCACUACAACAAAACCAAGUCCUUGGGCGUGACUUUGUUCAAAGCUCAAAAUGAUCUGUCCUUUCCACUACACCUUCGCUUCUAAUAAAGCAGCGGUUCAGUCAAGAGGCCCCCCUUCUCUACGAACCGCCUACGGGUAAACGGGGAUGGCCUUUUUUGGUCACUCCGCCUCUGGUCAUCUCGGUUGCGGGACGAUGGACCGCCAGUCGCGAAGGGGA